AAAACUGGUAAAGAAACAUUGGUGGAAAAUUGGAUAAUACACAAACUAAAUAAAGCUACAAUUGAAAUGAAUAAAUUUCUUGGCGAGAAAAAUCUUAUGAAUGCAACUACCUCUGUUUAUAAUUUUUGGUUAUAUGAACUUUGUGACAUAUAUAUUGAAUUAAUUAAGCCAAUGACUGAUGUUGAUACAUCUAUUCCAAAAAAUGCAGAGCUUAAAAGAUCUGCACAAGAUACAUUAUAUACAUGUUUAGAAGCUGGACUUAAAUUGCUUCAUCCAUUUAUGCCAUUUGUGACUGAAGAGUUAUAUCAACGAUUACCUAGAAGGCCUGGUGAUGAUACUUUAACAAUAGUCAGAGCCAAAUAUCCACUUGAGGUCCCAGAAUACAGCAAUCCAAAAGCUGAAGAACAAUUUGAUCUUGUGUUCAAUGUUGUUAAGGUAGCUCGUUCACUUAUUGUUCAGCACAAUAUUCAAUCUGAUGCUACUCUUUUUAUACAAACAGCUUCUGAACCAAUUACAUCAUUACUGAAUUCAGAAGAUAAAAGUAUUAAAACAUUGGUAAAAAACACUAAAUCCAUUCAGGUGAUUGGAAAAGAUGGAGCUUUGCCAUCUGAAUAUGCAUCAAGUAUUGUAAAUGAAGAGAUAAGUGUAUUGUUACUUUUGGAUAAGAUAAUUUUCCCUGGUGAGAAUAACAAUAUUAUUUGUUCAACUAUAGAAUCGGAAUUUAGUUUGUUACAAAAAGACCAAUGGUGUUUUUAUAAGCCUGCUGGCUCAGAUCUUUAUCCAAUUCAACGAGGAAACUCUGGAUAUGUUUUGCAAAUAAUUAAAAAAGUAGCAGGGAGUAAUAAAAAGUUAUAUAUUGGACCAACUGAUAAGCCACUUGAUAUAAAAUUUUUAUUAGAUCAACAAAUACUUGAAUCAACAAAUAGUGAUUUAUCUUUUUCUAACAACAAUGCACUUUUUAACAUUUCUCCAGAAAAUUAUCAUGUGGACCAUACAAGCACAUUAUUUGAUUCAUCUCCAGAGUAUUUAAAUUAUAGUUUUGAUAACCUUUAUGAUAAAAAAUAUAAAUUGAAUGACAGAAAAAUUAACAUCGAUAUUGGAUCCAGUGAAACAAUACUUAAAGAUCUAAUUAAAUGGAUUAGUAAUGCAAACGAUGAGGCAUUACUAUUAAAACCAACAAUUAGGUUCAUAACUGAACGAGUAGCAGGGAGUAAUAAAAAGUUAUAUAUUGGACCAACUGAUAAGCCACUUGAUAUAAAAUUUUUAUUAGAUCAACAAAUACUUGAAUCAACAAAUAGUGAUUUAUCUUUUUCUAACAACAAUGCACUUUUUAACAUUUCUCCAGAAAAUUAUCAUGUGGACCAUACAAGCACAUUAUUUGAUUCAUCUCCAGAGUAUUUAAAUUAUAGUUUUGAUAACCUUGAUGAUAUAAAUAAGUCUUUAUAUGACUUUUAUGAUAAAAAAUAUAAAUCGAAUGACAGAAAAAUUAACAUCGAUAUUGAAUCCAGUGAAACAAUACUUAAAGAUCUAAUUAAAUGGAUUAGUAAUGCAAACGAUGAGGCAUUACUAUUAAAACCAACAAUUAGGUUCAUAACUGAACAGUAA